UAAUUAAAUUCCUUUUCCAAUCUCUAUCAUUCCUUCAACGUUCCAAACUUUUGGUUUUAUUAAGGGGAUCAUACCUUAAUUUCCAUCCUUACAAGUCUUUCUUUGAUUAAACCUGGGUUUGUUUUCUUAAUCAUCAAUUAAUAAACCCCAAUCUAGGAAGUUUCUUGAUGUUUUUCAUGUUGUUUAACGUGUUUUGAUGAAGCUUUUCUUUUGCAGUUUUUCCUUAUUUAUGACAUAGAUAAAUGCAGGUGAUGAUCUAUUAUUACUAUUACUAUUCUUCUUCUCCUCUUUCACAAACUAAAAACUGAAAAGAAGCUUCCUUUCUGAUUCUCUCUUCAACUGCAAUUUCUUAAUCGUUUAAUCUCUAUAUAAUCAUCCUUUUCUUUUCUUUUAAUUUUUUUUUUAUUUUAUCACCAGAAUCUCUACCAAAUAGACCUUCAUAUUCAACUCAUCCUCCAGACAGGGGGGUGUUUGUUUUACUAGUUCACUUGUCAUUUUUUUUUUUUUUGACUUUUGCUUCUUUUGAAAUUCAAUUGAUUUGAAUUGUGAAAAGAAGGAAUGGGUUGCGCAAGUUCUAAACAAAAGCGAUGCAAGCAUUGCCAGACACCGUAUUCACCGGUGCCUCGAAGCUAUUCAAUGCAUGUUGUUCAUCCACCACAACAAAAAGGCGAUAGCUACCACGUGGUGGCACUCACCUCCACCACAUUAGGUACACUCGCGCUUGAUUCUGCGAAUCAGAAUCAGAAUGGGACUGUUGAUGUUGCUGUGAAAGGCGAUGAUCGAAGGAAGAAUGUUGGUGAUUUUGAUGGAUCAAAUGGGUUUGUGAAGGUUCGUAAAGAAUUGAAUGGCAAGGAGGAGUUUUCGAUGGGACUAAUUGAGGCCAAGACUUGGUCUAGUAUGAUCCAAGAAAAAAUCCCAAAAGUUGUUCCAAGGACUCCAAUUAUGACAUCACCUGGAGAGCCAGAAACUAUCAAUACUUGGGAAUUGAUGGCAGGGCUUGAAGAUAUGAUGACUCCUCAUUUGUCUCAGCAGUUUCGCAGUUUCUCUUUCGAUGUUUCUCGUGAUCCAAGACGAAUACCUGAUAGUCCCAAAAUGAACUUGCAGCCGAAUGGCACAUUGUCUCCUGAUAAUAACACGCCUGGGUGGCUUCAAGUUGCAGAUGAGGAUGCUAAUUCCAAGUGUCCGGAAUUCGAUUCUGAAGAGCUCUCUCCUACACAUUCAUUUUACAUUAAGCCAAUAGAUAGCGAGGAACGGCCUCAUUUUGCAAAUGAUGAUACGUCAUUGCUUGUGAAUGAUGUUCUAAAGGUAAAUUUUGUUGCAAAAGAUUGUGAGCGCAGUAAGGAUAGGUUAGUUGUUUAUUUUACAAGCUUGCGAGGGGUGCGCAAAACAUACGAGGCUUGUUGCCUUGUGAGGUUGAUAUUAGAAAGCUUAGGAGUUCGCGUUGAUGAACGAGAUGUAUCAAUGGAUUCAGGGUUCAAGGAGGAGUUGAGAGAGCUAAUGGGAGAAGGGUUUAGUGGGGAAGGGUUACCAAGAGUGUUUAUUGGGAGAAAAUACGUUGGUGGAGUAGAGGAAAUUCGGCGAAUGCACGAGGAAGGACAAUUAGAGAAACUGGUUGAAGGAUGUGAAAUGUUGGGUGAUGGUGGUGGAGGUGGAGUUGGAGAGGCUUGUGAAGCUUGUGGGGAUAUCAGGUUUGUGCCUUGUAAGACAUGUUCAGGGAGUUGUAAGAUAUAUUAUGAAGGUGAUGACGAAGAGCAGAAAGAGUUGGAAGGAGAAGAGACUGGUGAAUAUGGGUUUCAGCGUUGCCCUGAUUGCAAUGAGAAUGGACUAAUACGCUGCCCCAUUUGCUGUGACUAGUUUUCAGUGGACACUCAAGAUUUUCGUUUCUCCCAUGUCUUCUUUUUUGGUUUCAAUUUUCUCUGGGUUUUUCCUUGUGCGUUGUUUGUUGUACAGCGGGUUUUAUGGGAUGUUUGUAGGGAGGGAAAUGCAAUAGAAGAAAUAGGGAAUAAUUUAUCCUAAGCAGGUUUAUUAGCUCCUCAGUCAUGUAUUCUGAUGGUUAUAUACUUUUGACAUGGAAAAAAAAAGGUCUUGCAUACUCCGUUUUCCCUUUCAGGAAGUUCAAUAUACUUGUAAGAGUGAUAUACUCACUCUCU